CUCUAUACAACGCUAUCUUCAGCGUUCCUUUGAAAGUCUGGGACUUAAAAUCCUUGUUUCGUUGCUGGCAACUCGACAGUCACUCCUUUUCUAUCUUGCUUUUGUUACUUUUUCUCCCACCCGAGUCCGUUCCUUCAACGAGAACUAUAGCUACAACUAUGUCUUCGAUCAAUAUCGUAACCCUUCCCCGUAUGAGCCGGGAUGCUCUAUCCGCGCUGCUCCUGUCCACUAGCACGCCCAGUAACCUGGCUAUCGUCGACGUCCGCGACUCAGACCACAUCGGCGGCCACAUCUACGGCUCCACCUGGGUCCCCAGCGCCACGCUCGAGCUACGCAUCCCCGAACUCGUCCGCACCCUCAAGGACAAAGAAACCGUCGUCUUCCACUGUGCCCUCAGCCAGCAGCGCGGCCCGUCUGCUGCGCUGCGCUAUGCGCGGGCGCGCGAGGGCGCUGUUGGAGCGGAGGAGAGCCAUAACCAGAAGGUUUAUGUUUUGGAGGGUGGAUUUGUGCAGUGGCAGGAGAAGUUUGGGAAUGAUAAGAGGUUGACGGAGGCUUAUGUGGAGGAUAUCUGGAGGGAGUAUUGAUUCCUGAAUGGGGUCGGUCGUACUUUUGCAUGCUGUGCAUGCUGGUAUGAUAUGGCCAG